AUGGUGCAAGGGAAAUUUCUAGCAUCUUCCUACAAUGUUUUAAACUAUUUCAGGUUCAUCACUACAUUACGUGGCCAUGUUAGUCGUGUAUAUCAGGUGUCAUGGUCGGCUGAUAGCAGAUUGUUGUGUAGUGGCAGCUCUGAUUCUACGCUGAAAGUUUGGGACUUGAAAACGAAAAAACUUCUUUUUGAUUUACCCGGCCAUGCUGAUGAGGUUUAUGCUGUUGACUGGAGUCCAGAUGGUCAAAGAGUGGUCAGUGGUGGCAAGGACAAGGUUUUGAAAAUUUGGAGAAAAUGAGGUGACAAUUACAGGUGUAAUUAGGAAAACUUGGCAUACAAAACAUCUUACUCAGUGCUUGCAUAUGAUGGACCAUGGGAAAUUUGUGAUACCAAGAAAUUAAGACAUUAACACCGGUCCUGGAAAAGAUUUAUGUAACAAAAAGUUCUACAGAUGCUUGAACAAAAAAUAAAUAUUUCUUGUCCCAGAUGGAUGCAAGAAUUUCACAUGUUUACUGAUAUUUGUCAUUUUAAAUGACAUUUUUAUUGAAUAAAAUAAAAUCGUAUUAGGAAAUAACAA